CCAAAACAGAGCCACCCACUUCUGCUCUACAAACUACAAUCCCCAUUGUCAGGAACUUCACCACCAUCUCAUAGGCGGCGCCACCAGCACCAAUCAUCCAGCCGACCACCAGUGAUGAGGACGUUUCAUUCACUGUUUUAACUUUCGUAAAGUAUUAGGAAAUCCAUUCCUUUUUAUUGCUGACUAUUCUACUUCUUAGUAAUUUUUUUUUUGUUAUAAUUAUUUUCUUUUAAUCUAAAAUAAACACCAUAGGAGUAUAAAAUUCUGGGUAUUUUAACUUUGUUUAUUUUUGCUUUUAAUUUCCUUCUGGGUAUUUCUUUUUUUUUUUUCUGUGUUUCAAGUUAUUGUAUUUGUGGUUAACUUUCAAGCUAAGCCUUUUCUUUUUUAUAUAAUGAAAGAAGAAACUUUAAUUGAAGGGAAUUUAAUUUUUGUGCAUUGGUUCGUUUAUGAUGACAUGAAGAAGUUUGUUUUUACUGUCUUUGUGCAUAAUAAAUUUAUAUAACCAGACUGUUACUACUUACAUCUAAACAAGGAAAUAUUGAUCUUGUUCUGCUUUCUCAGUUCCAUUGUUGUUCAUUUUGGAAGGUGUUUCAUUCAUCACAUGCCCAGUAGGCCAUUCCAAAAUUUGGCAUCUUGAUUCCUAUCAGUUAUCGGUAUAAGCAAUAGAAUAUUAGAAAGCUAAGCAAGGUUUUUUUAUUAUUUUUGCUGCUUGAUUUAUUGCAUUGCAGCAGUUGCUGUACUUCUUACUGAUUAGGCUAGGAAUACAAGUGGAAAAAUACUAGAAAAAAUGGUGUAUUUUGUCACACACACACACACAUAUAUAUAUUUGAUUCUGUUUUCACAUUUGCAGGAUCUAGCCAUCCAGCUGACACUGCUUUUGUUUGGUUGAUCCUUCUCUUCUCUAGUGCCCUUGAGGAUGAAGAUAAAAGAAGCAAAUGCUGGUGCACUUACCAACUUUGAAGUACUUGACUUUCUACGAUCUAGAGGGGCUUCAAAGGAUCCUACAAGAGUUAUUGUUCCAAUAGCGCCAUCUUCCAAUAGCGUCUAUGAUUAUUUGGUGGAGAGUGCCGCAUGCAAUCAAACAAAGGAACACGUCAAUGAAUUCUUGGAAAGAUGUAAAAAGUAUAAACUUGCAAAAGCUGAGGUGCUCAAUAUCAUCAAUCUGAGACCAUCUGCUUUAGUUGAAAUCGACCCGAUAAUAGAGCAGUCCGAGAAGCGAUUUGGAGAUCAACUAGAAGAGCUGGUUAAUUUGGUGGUAGAGGUGCUGCCGGAGCCUCCUGCACAAAAAACUGCUGAAGAAGUAAGCAAUAAGGAUAAAGAAGAAACUACAGACGAGAAAAAUAUGGAUGGGAAUGAAACCGAAACUGCAAAUAAUGAACAGAUUGAUGAGCAAACAGAACAAACUGAAGAUGGUGAGCAAAUGGAGGUUAGUUAAUGCCCUCUAUGCGGAUAAUUCCAAUGGCAAUUGUGCUCUUGGAUAUUUUACAAAACUGGUUGCUGAUCUUAUGAACUUGAG